AUGGAUGACUACGACCUGAUAUUUAAAUUGCGCUCUCCAGUUAUUGGAGAAAUCCUUAUAGCCUGGCAAAAGUAUACAGCAUGCAGUUCCGAUGAAAUAAAUCUCAAGGAAGGUGAUGUAGUAGAACUACUUGAUACGGUUGAUCCAGUCUCAGCUGCAAAAAAGUUAAAAUUAGAUCCCGAUCUAGAUACGGUGUCUGGAGAACUUUUGGAUACAUCAGCGGCUCGUCACAAACUCUCUGUGAAACCCCGAAGAAAACACGCCAGUUCCAGACAUUCCCCAACCAGACUCAAUAUUAAUGCAAGAUGGCUUGUUAAAGACACAAACAGCAAAAAACAAGGAUGGGUACCAUGCAGAGUUCUUCAGACAGCUGACGAUCCCGUUCCAGGAUCAGGAUUGCCAGGGGAUGCAGAAUUCAGAAGAAUGGCGGUUGUAAAAGAACUGGUGGAGACUGAACAGGAGUUUGUUAAAGAUGUGGAUAAGGUAGUCAAAAAAUAUUUGAGCAUGGAGAUUGGGAAAGUCCCGAAGGUUGUUAGAGACAACUUCGAAGUGAUUUUCGGGAAUUUGACGGAAAUUGCGGAAUUUCAUAGAACUGUUCUUAUGGAAGGUGUGAAAUACUACGCAAACGAACCUCUACUAAUUGGGAAAACUUUUCUAAGAUUAGAAAGGGAUUUCGACAAACACGUCAGCUAUUGUAGGGACGAACCUUCAGCUCAGGAAUUUUUGGACACUAACGAUGAGGCCAAUGAUUAUUUCGAGGAGUUGUCACAUCGCCUAGGUGACGACAAAAGUAUUUCCGAACAUUUGAAACUUCCGAUACAACGUAUAAACGACUAUCAACUUCUUUUAAAGGAGUUGGUAAGGUAUAGUGCGUGUCUUGGCGAAAACAACACCGAUCUCCAAAAGGCCCUUGAUUUGAUGCUAAGUAUCCCCUACAGGGCACAAGACGAUAAAUUCACUUCCAGCAUCGAAGGUUAUAAAGGUAGCAUCCACAAGUUGGGUCGGUUGUUAGCCCAUGAUAGGUUUUCCGUUACAUUUGGAGAAACAACCAAGGAACGCUACUUGUUCCUUUUUAAGGCACGCAUUCUUAUAACAAAAGUACGAAGAAUAUCCGACGAUAGAUCCAUAUUUCAACUGAAGGAUAUCAUAAGGCUUCCCCAAGUUGAAAUCAAAGAUCAUCCUGAAGAUAACCAACUUUUCGAACUAGUAGAUAAAGUAGGUGGCCAAGCUUUAUCCCUUAGAGCUCAUAGAGAUAAUAUCAAAGAGUUUUGGCUGCAAGAAAUCAGAGAGUUCGCUAAAAACUUCGGCGAAUCAGAGGAGGCCGCUGGUAGCGACGAGUUUGCUAUCGCGUCACCGCCCACCGAGUUAAGUCACGAAGAAAAGUUAAAGAAAAAAGUUCCCGAAGUCAAAGUUCAAAAGGUUGAAGUCAAAACUGCCGAAGUUAAGUCUAAAACAUCGACUAUCAAGACCAGUGAAGUUAAAACAGUUGCUGUAGAGUCGAAAACAGUUUCUGUCGCGUCUAAAAUAUCGAAGACAGUCGAGGAAAAACAAGUAGCCACCAAAACAAGCGCUAAGGUUGAGGCAGUCAAGAAGGAAGAGGUCAAAGUUGGUAAACCCAGUGAAGCUACUGCAAAAGUUGUUCCCAAAGUCGAAACACCGAAGCCUACAAAAGCUGUCGAACCAAAACCUACUGAAACUAAGGUUGUUCCAAAAGUAGAGACCAAACCUGUUGAAACACCCAAGCCUACGAAGGUAGAGACCAAACCUGCUGAAACACCUAAGCCUACGAAAGCUGUUGAAACAAAACCUACUGAAACAGUUGUAAAGGAAGAACCAAAGUCAACAAAAGAAGUAGUCACACAGAAAUCAAGUGAUUCAACCACAACUUCCCAAGUCAUAUCUCUAGAUGCUUCCAUCGAGACCAAAAAAAGAACAGUAGAGCUAAGCGAGGAGGAAGAGCUUUCGGCAGAACACCAUUUGAAGCGCAUCAAAGCAGUGGAACCUUUAGUGCAUCUACACGACAAAAAAGUUCUCGAGGAAAUCAUCCCGUAUGUGCCAAAGAAGCCACCACAAGUGUCUGGUAGUGCUCUAGAUAAGUUGUACAGUGUAGAAUCUUUGGGUGUUAGUGAUACCAUUAUAACCGAAUAUAAAGUUGGCGUUGAAGUCAAUGUUGAAGUCGACGAUAUGAGUAGGAAGUACACUUCUUCCUCUGCAAGGGCAGAGGGAAAUUUAGAAUCAUCGUAUAGUAGUAGCAGAAAAACUGGUUCCUCUUCCUAUGGAGCUGAUGGUUUAUCAUCCAAGUACAGCAGUGAUUACUCUAGCAAAUACGGCACUGAUUCUGCCUUGGGAGGAACUAAAUACGAUUCGCUAACCUCCAAAUACUCAUCCGCAUCAUCAAAAUCGUACUUGGAAGGAGGCGAUACCUCUAAAUACUCAUCAGCCUCAUCGAAAUCUUACCUUGAAGGAGGCGAUAGUUCAUCUUACUCGCGUAAAGCUUUAUCCAGCGAUGCUGAUAAAGAUUACUCGUACUCGUCAAGACCAUUUAAAUCCAAUGUAGGCGAUGAAGACAUCAUCAAUAGCUACUCGAGAAAAAUGGGUGGCCUUACCAGCGGUGACGAUGAAGGUGGUUACUCCAGCUACACCAAGAGGUCUACCAGAUCCGUUACUCAAUCCCACGAAGAAGGUGAUGGAGAUGGUAGCUAUAGCUACAGUAGAAGAUCUAUCCGUGGGGCAGUAGAGGGCGUUGGUGACGGUGACUCGUACUCGGUGAGGAAGUCCAUAAGAACCUCCGUGGAAGGCACUGGUUUAGAUGCCCCAGAAGUUAACUCUUACUCCACCAGUUACUCCAAACGUUUGGGUGACGAUUCAAAGUACUCCAUCAGAGGUACUUCAACUGGAGACGAGAGUGAUUACACUAGCAAAUACUCGAGAAAAUCUCGACUCGAUGACUCGGAGACUGAACAAUUACUCGCUAAAUAUUCGGGCAAAUACGAAUCUAUUGCGGGAGAAGAAGAGGAAGAUAAGUACGAAAAAUACAGAAGGAAGUAUUCCAGGACUGAUUCUUCCGCAGAACCCACUACCAAAGACGAAGAAGCCUCAAAGUACACCAAGAGGUACUCCAGAACAAGUUCGCUGGAUAAAAAAGCCGAAGAGGAUGACCCAUACGAAAAGUACGCCCGUAAGUAUCUUAGAGCUGAGUCUAGGGAGAACAGCCGAGCGAGAACUGAAUCUGUGGAGAGAAAAAUUCAAGAGGAAGAAAGUUUUUCUUCCAAGAAAUACUCUAGGGUGGAUUCGGUGGAUUUGCCACCAAAACCCAAAAAGAAAUCCGAUGAAACUACUUCCGUUAAAUCGUCAAUUGAAGAAUCAAAAUCAGAAAUUAAAGCCGAAUCUCACACUGAAUCACACGAAUCAGUUUCAUCUUCAGUAAAAGUUAGCGAAUCAUCGACUGAGCAAGUCAAGGUAAGUUCUACGGAGUCAGCAAAGAUCAGCGAAAAAUCAUCAGUAACUGAAAAAACUACCGAACAAGCCAAAGCAGCUGAAGAAGCAAAAAUGGCUGCUAGAAUUCCAGAACCAGUCAAGGUUGCCGAGCCAGCAAAAGUGUCUCUCACCGAGAAAUCAGCGCAGAAAGUCACAAUGAGCAAGGAAUCCGCUGUACACGAAAAAACCGCCACCGAAAAGCUGAUCGAGUAUACAUCUGAAUCCGACGAUCGUCCUAGGUUCAUCAAAACCAUACGUGGUGCUAAUAUAGAACUUACAACUGAUGAAAGACAGGAACGAGAAUUAACAGAUCACCCAGUCUUUAUCGUGUCAAUGAAAGAUGCUGAAUUAUUGGAAGACACAUACCUUCGUUUCAUGGUUAAAGUUGCUGGUGAACCUAAUCCAGAAGUUUGCUUCUUCAAAGAUGGUUUAAAGAUCAUAGAGAGUAACGAUCACUUUGAAGUGGUUAAGGAACACUCAGAUAAAGGUUUUUACGAACUUAUUAUCCCAGUGGUGAAAAAAGAAGACGCCGGUGUAUACAAGUGUGUUGCCACCAAUAAAUUCGGUGAAGCACACUCAGAAUCAACUGUUACAGUAACAGACAACAAACAAAUUUUCGAAGAUAUGCCAGAAGGUGAAAUCUUGGGCCCUGGUAGGCGUUCGUCGUUCCACUGGAAGAAGGACGGAGUUCCUUUUGAACCGGAAGAACGUUUCAAAGUUCUAAUGGGCGAUGACGAGGAUUCCCUCGCCCUAGUCUUCCAACACGUUAAACCCGAUGACGUAGGUCUUUACACUUGCGUAGCUCAAACGUCCCGAGGCCACAUAAGUUGCAGCGCUGAGCUUACAGUCCACGGCACUGUGAAUCAGUUGUUCAGAGAACCCGAGAAGCCCAAGCUCGUUAUAGAAAAGAGAGAUCCUAUUGUGAACGCUGGAGGAUCGGCUAUGCUGGAAUUACAAGUUAAAGGUUACCCCAAGCCUCACGUCAAAGUUGAACACGACGGCAAAGAAUGUGAAGUUGGAUCUAAAUACAAGUUCCUUUAUGAAGACGAUGAAACUAUGUCUGUGGUAAUCAAGGAUGUUCAAAAUGAAGAUGCUGGUAAAUACACAAUCACAGCCUCCAACGAUCUCGGCGUAGACUCUGCUGAGAUGUCUCUUACAGUCAAAUCCCCUCCCAAAAUCAAAUCUGAGAUCAAGGAUAUGGAAUCCCACGCUGAAUUGACGAUCAAAAUGGAGGUCGAUUUGGAAGGUACGCCAAAACCUACGGUGGCCUUCUACAAGGACGGUAAAGUCGUAAAGAAAUCGGACAGGAUUAAAAUUCUCGAAGAGGCCACCAAACAUACUCUCGUCAUCGAGAAAUCCACUCUUAAAGAUUCUGGCUCCUAUUCGAUUGUAGCGACGAAUGAGCUAGCGCAGGUAUCGAAAUUCUGGAAUUUGGAUGUUUACAGCAAACCCAAGUUGCUUUCCAAGUUGGGCACUGAAAAAGUGGUAUCUCAAAACGAAAACUUCGAACUGAAGGUCAAAAUAGAGGCUGAGCCCAAGCCAGAGGUCAAAUGGUACAAGGACGAAGAAGAAAUUAAAUCAACCGAUCAUUUUAUGGUGAAAGAGGAUGGUGAUUGCUACAUUCUAAGGGUGACAGGUGCUGUUACAACCGAUGCCGCCAAAUAUAAGUGUAAGGCUGUUAAUAUACAUGGAAGCGUUGAUGAUGACAUUACGGUGUGGGUUAAAAAGGCGCCCAAGAUUAUCAAGGGCCUUCAAAAUAUGACGGUUACGGAACACGAUAAAGAUGUUACAUUCGAUGUUAAGAUGGAGUCGUACCCCAAACCAGCGGUGAAAUGGUACCUCGAUGAAGUCGAAAUUAAAGAAACUAGAUCGGAAUUUACUAGAAUGGAAUCGGACGAUGGGGUUAAACUGAUAAUAAAAGAAGUAACUAGCGAACUUUCAGGGCAGUAUACUUGCAAACUAACCAACGAAUGCGGCGGCUGCGAAACUUCAGCGAAGUUAACAGUAAACUGCGCCCCACGCAUCAUCAAAAAACUCAAAGACGUAACUGUGGAAGAGGGAUCAACUCUACACUUAGAGGUAGAUGUAGAAGGUUGCCCACAACCAACUGUAAAAUGGUUGAGGAAUGGAAGGGAAGUAUCAGCUGAUGCGAGAAUCAAAAUAAGUCGCGACACGCAAAGACAAGAGACGUACAAUCUCGCAGUGAACUUGAUCAAGUACGAGGAACAAGGAGAAUACGAAGUCAUAGUGACCAAUCAGUUGGGCACUGUGAGCUGCAAGAGUUUUGUUACCGUACAUAAGGUAACACACACUGACGCCAUAGAGGAAACAGGGGAACCACCCCAAAAACUCAAAGUCGAGGUUGUAGAAGACGAACCUGAAAUCGCCCAGAAAGCCGAUAAAGAAGCAAUCGAAGAAAAGAAACCCGAAGAAGCGAAAAAACCCAAGGUUGAGGAGCCCAAAAAGGGUCAAGGUACACUAGCAGACAAGAAAACUCUCGAAGUAAAAGAUCAAACUCCAGAACCAAUCGUAGAAGAACCAAUGUCCCCUCAAAACUUGCAAAGAUGCAUUUCUGCUUCAAUUGAAGAAAGGACUGAGAACGCAUUGGGAGACGAUUUUAAACCCAAAUCAGCUGAAGAACAAGACGUGCCCAAGCCAAAAUCAAAACGUAGCAAGUCGGUGCAUAUAGAGGAAAUUAUUGAGAUAGUAGAAGAAGAAGAAGACCUAAAAGCAAAGAAGCAAGAUGUCUCUGAAUUGGACACCAAUAAAAAAUUAAGGCGCGGUUCUUCAGCUACCACCGAAGAAAUCGAAGUAAUUGAGGAAAGUAAACCGAAGAAGGCUAAAGAAGCCGACCUGGAAGUGGACUCUAACAGAAAGUUGAAGAGGGCGAUAUCGGCGAGAAAAGAGUCCAUAGAGGUAAUAGAAGAGGAGAAAUCUCCUGAGAAGCCCGAAGAAACCGACUUGGAUUCUAAUAGAAAGUUAAAGAGAGGCAUAUCGGCAAGGAAGGAGUCCAUAGAAAUAAUCGAAGAAGAAAAAACCGCCCGUAAAGUAUCAAGAACUGAUUCUAUCGAUGAAGAUUCUAAACCUAAGCCGCGACAAGGCAGACGAGCCACUAUUGAAGAAAUAAAAGUAGAAGAAAAUGAAGACACCAAGAAACCAGAAAUCAAGAAACUUGAAGACACCAAACCUGGCAAACCUGAAGCUGUGCCAGUCAUUUUGGACACGAACAUGAAGGAUGGUUCUCGUCCAGAGUCUUUGGACGUUACUUACAUAGUAAAUGGGACCGCCAACCCAUUACCAGUGGCCACAUGGACUUUAAACGGUAAAGAAAUCAAACCCGAUGCUCAUUUAAGAAUGACAACGAGUCAAAACGGUGAGGAGUUCCGCUUGGAAAUAAAGAAAUUGGAAAUGAGAGAUGCUGGUACCUACGAGGUUAUUUUGACCAAUGCUUUGGGAGAAGCUAGGCAACAAGCUGUGCUAGAUGUUACACCUGAGAAAGAUCUUAGAAGACCGAAGAUCAAACAAGGACUGAAAGAUGAGGAAAUCAUCAAGAAAAAUUCAGUCACAUUCAAGGCUGUGGUGAUUGGAGAUCCAAUCCCUGAAGUAACAUGGAUUAAGAAUGGGAAAACGCUUAAGGAAAAAGAUUUCGAAGCUUCCAAGAUGAUUUUGGAGUCAGAAGACCACGAAAUAGAAGAUGGUCUUAAAGAGUGCACUUUCUCAUUGACAAUACCCAGAUGUGAAAGAAGCAAUGCUGGCGACUACACAUUCAAAGCCAAAAACAAGUGGGGCGAAGCUGAGAGUUCAGCCCAUCUGGAAAUAAUUCUCAGGCCUGAAAUUGAAGGUCCAGAAGAUACGUCGGUGGUACCAGGAGAAGCGACAUUAUUCGAAUGCGUAAUUCAAUCGAACCCAGUUCCCAAAGUAGUUUGGAGUAAGGAUGACCAAGUGGUGGAAGCUGGCGAAUUCAUUAAGAUCAUAGAAGAUGUACCCAACGAGAAAUACACGUUAAUUUUCGAUAAAGUAUUGUUGGCAGAUGAGGGACACUACAAGGUCACAGCUACCAAUAAGUUGGGAGAGACAUCCUCCGAAGCCAGAUUGAAGACUAUCAAAGAGACCGAACCAACGACCGAAAGACCAAAGUUCAUCAGUCCUCUAACGGAUGACCAAGUGGAAGACACCGGUGAAACCACUUUGCAUGUUAGAGCUGAUGGUUUACCCAAACCGGAAAUACGGUGGUACCUCAACGGCAAUCCGAUGGUGGAAGAUGAACACCACAAAAUCUCCACCGAGACUGGUACCCAAGUCACCAGCAACCUCACUAUUUCGAACUACAACCUGGCUGAUGUCGGAUACUACAAAGCUGUGGCUAUAAAUGUUGUUGGAGAAGCGGAGACGUCUGCGCGGGUUUCCAUGCAACAAACUCCACCAACGUUCGGCAAACGCCUCGAUAGAAAUGAAGAAUGCAACGAGGGCGAACCUUUGGAACUAAAAGCCAAAAUACACGGCAGCCCGAAACCAACUGUGGCGUGGUUUAAAGACGGCGAACCAAUCGAUCCCAACGACGAAAACAUCAAGACCACUUUACUACCCGAUGGUACCGUCAAGUUGAAUAUACUGAAUGCUAAACCAGGGGACAGUGGGGCUUAUAAGCUGGUUGUAAGAAAUGCUAACGGUGAAACGUCUUGCCUGUGUGCUGUGGCAGUAACACAAAAACCCAGAAGACCGAAAUUCUUGAAGGUAUUCAAGGACGUUAAGGUUCCUCUAGGCGAAGAACUGCGUUUGGAGGCCAAAAUUGAGGCGUAUCCUCCACCGGAAGUCAAGUGGAUCAAAGACGGUCUCCCUGUACGCGCCUCGUCAAACAUCCACAUGGAAAAACACCCGGAUGGUAUUAUCGCUCUUGUGGUGGACUGCAUGAGGCCUGAGAACGCCGGCAAAUACCAAGUUAUAAUUUCGAAUAGGUUGGGAGAUUGUACGGGUGACGCUAAGGUUGAUAUCGAAAAAAAACCAUCUAAACCUGAAUUCACCACCAAGCUGAUCCCGCAAACGGUCGUUGAGGGUUUCCCUGUUAGGUUCGAGGUUAAAGCCGAGGGGUUACCCGCGCCGAAAAUUUCGUGGCACAGAAACGGUACGGAGGUGAUUUCAGAUAACAAACACAUCAAAAUUAUAGACCAACCUGACGGAAGCAGUGCUUUAAUCUUGGACGCGGCCGAUGAAAUUCGCGAUGCCCUAACGUACAGAGCCGUAGCUACAAAUGACGCUGGUGCAGCUGAAACCUCGGCACUCCUCACAGUAAUAACCUCUAAGAGAGACGAGGAACCGGAAGAGAGACCGCAAUUCAUGCACAACAUCAAAGAUGUGCAAGUGGAUGAAGGACAACCACUUAUCAUGGAAACACCGUUCACUGGCAAUCCGAUUCCCAACGUUGAGUGGACCAAAGACGGUCAAAAGAUCGAGCCAUCUGACAGAAUUUUGAUGACCUGUGAUGGUAGAAGGGUUGGAAUAAGGAUCGAUAAAGCCUUGCCCACAGAUGCCGGCGAAUAUGGAAUAACCCUAGAAAAUCCUUUAGGGAAGGACUCGACAAGUGGAAAAGCUAUUGUACACAAGGUGUUUCAGCCACCCACAUUCACACAGAGCUUCACCGACUUCCAACAGCUACCAAAUAGAGACGCCAAGUUCCCAUGCAGGGUGUCAGGUGUACCUCAGCCAGAAAUCCAAUGGACCAAAGAUGGCGAACCCAUUACAGAGUCCGAUAAAUAUCACAUCAAACGCGAUGGUGAUGCUUGCUGUCUUUACGUGAUGAACUGUCAACCCGAAGACGCUGGUGUGAUUAGAGCCACUGCUACCAACAAAGAGGGGCAAGAUGUGUGCACUGCGGCCUUGGAAGUCGUCAAAGAAAUCAAAUCGCCUAAAAAGAUCGAAUCGCCGGUGUUCUUGAAACGCAUCGGCGAUACCGAGUUGUUUAAGGCGAUGACCGCUAAAUUCACUGCCUGCGCUUCGGGUAUACCCGAGCCGGAAGUCGAAUGGUUCCACAACGACGUAAAAAUGUUCCCGUCGAAGAGAAUCCGUAUGGAGAGAGAUUUAGCGGGUUUGCUACGCCUUACAAUUUCGGGUGUAGAUGUAGAUGAUCUCGGCAAAUACUCUUGCAAGAUUAGCAACGAACACGGCAGUGAUAUUUGCCACGCAACGCUUAAAUUCGAUGAAGGCAUAGAACCUAAAGCUAAGAGACCGAUUGCAGAUCAGUAUACAGAGUACGAUAAGUAUAAGAGAAGCGGUGCGCCUGUACCAAUAUCCGACCCACCGAUUAUCUCCCAAAUGACCGAUAGGCACUGCACUUUAUCCUGGAACCCAUCCAUACCAUCCGGACCUAGAGCUCCGGUAACCUACCAGUUAGAGAUGUGUGAGUUGCCUAACGGAGAUUGGUUCACAGUGAGAUCAGGCAUUAGAAGUUGCACUUGUGGUGUUAGAAACCUGGAACCGUUCCGGGACUACAAGUUUAGAGUGCGCGUGGAAAACAAAUACGGCAUCAGCGAACCAUCACCGUACGCCUUAACACACAGAGCCAAAUUGGAACCGGAACAACCCAAAUUCAGACCGUAUCUACCACCGGAAAUCGACUUCCGCCCGGAAACAUCGCCCUACUUCCCCAGAGACUUCGAUAUCGAACGCCCACCACACGACGGUAUGGCGCAAGCGCCUAGAUUCCUGCGCCAAGAGCACGACACUCAAUACGGCGUGAAGGACCAAAACACCAACCUCUUCUGGUUCGUUUACGGCUACCCAAAACCCAAGGUUACAUUUUACUUCAACGACGAAAUCAUAGAACCCGGCGGUAGAUUCGACUCGAGCUACACGAGGAACGGACAGGCGACUCUCUUUAUCAACAAGAUGUUGGAUCGGGACGUGGGUUACUACGAAGCCGUGGCUAGAAAUGAACACGGUGAAUCCCGCCAGAGAGUGCGAUUGGAGAUAGCUGAAGCCCCCUACUUCCUCAAGAGGCCGGAUAUCGAAUACGCCCUCAUGAGAGGUCGGGUUAAAUUCGAAGCAAGAAUCCUUGGGGUACCAUACCCUGAUGUUAAGUGGUACAAGGAUUGGAAACCACUCGCCGAUUCAAGCAGAAUCAAGAUGACUUUCACAGAACCAGACCUGUGCAUCCUGACAAUCUCGGACAUCAUCCUCAAAGACGAAGGUUUGUAUUCGGCGAGCGCCCGCAACGUUGCCGGUUCCUCGUCCGCCAGUGCGAUGUUGCACGUGGAAGAAAACAACCUGGAGUACAACUGGAGAACGUACAACAACCUCUGCCCCAUCAAGGGCCACAGAAGACCGAUCUUGGACCUCUACGACCUCGGAGACGAGUUGGGUCGAGGAACGCAGGGCAUCACCUAUCACGCGGUGGAAAGGCUGAACGGCAGGAACUUUGCGGCGAAAGUAAUGCACGGUACGGGAGAUUUAAGGCCGUUUAUGUACAAUGAGUUGGAGAUGAUGAACGAGUUGAGGCACAAGAAGUUGAUUUCUUUACACGAUGCCUACGAAACUGAUGAUUCCCUGGCGCUUAUUUUGGAGUUGGCUUCUGGGGGAGAGUUGGUAUCCGAUUUGCUGUUAAAGCAAGACUACUACACUGAAGGGGAUAUUGCCGGGUACAUCAGGCAGGUGUUAUGGGGUUUGGAUUAUAUGCACGGAAAAGGUUUUGCUCAUAUGGGACUUAACCUUGGGGAUUUGUUGAUCGCCCACCCAGGCGGUGAUGACUUGAAGAUAACGGACUUCGGUCUCACCAGAAGAAUUCAGUACGGGAGAUACGCUCCGUUGUACUACGGUGUGCCGGAAUAUGUUUCCCCGGAAUGCGCUAACGGUGAAGGUGUGGGUUUCGGUCACGACAUGUGGAGUUUGGGUGUUAUAACCUACAUUCUUCUAUCGGGAAGAUCGCCUUUCAGAGGCGGAAACGAUAUGGAGACGUUGAUAAGAAUCAGGGAAGGUAAGUGGAUUUUCGAGGACGAAUGGUGGUCGAGAAUCAGCUUGGAGGGUAGAGAUUUCAUCUCGAAACUGCUGGUGUACCAGGCUGACGAUAGGAUGGACGUGACUACAGCCUUGAGACACCCUUGGUUGGAAAGGGCGGAUAAAAGAUACCAGGAUGACUUCCAAAUCAGCUCGAGAUAUCUCGGGGACUACUGGGGACUCUACAGGGAAUGGUACGAUAACGCUUCGUGCAGAAGAUGGUUCAGACGUAGGCCGUUGGAGGGCGCUUUUACCCAUCCUUCGAGGAUGGUGUACCCCCCGGGUGAGUUUUACACGCCGAGGUCGACCCCUGCUCCCCCAGAGAGGGCAGCAAGACCGAAAUCCUCAUGGGAGGACCAAUUGCCCACGAGGUCGCCUCUCAACUACGAGAUUGGAGCCUUCAAAUCUGAGAGCCACUAUCAAAACGGCCCAGACACGUAUCUUCUGCAACUGAGAGAUGUGGAUUUCCCAGUGCGUUUGCGCGAAUACAUGAAGGUGGCUGGAAAUCGAGGACCCGGUGCUGGAUAUAUCGUUUCCAACGAGAAUGGGUACGACUGGAAUACCCCCAUAAUCCGUGAAAGACGUCGCUUCACCGAUAUAAUGGAUGAAGAAAUCGACGAUGAAAGAAGGACUAGAAUUAACAGAUACGGCGCUGAACCCCAGCCCUAUACGCGCAGAUUAAAGCACGAAUUAGGAUCCCGCCUUGAUACAUACGUGGAAGCCGAGGCUUUCCUGGAAAGCAAACAGGAUGGCAGACUACCAUUCUUCAGAGAGAAACCUCAAUUCACAGCAAUGCAGGAAGGUAAAGACCUCCAGUUAAGCUGCAUGGCGGUUGGAGAACCACAACCCAUCGUCCAAUGGUUCAAGAACGACGCCAUAGUAGCCGAGUCGCACAGGAUUAAAAUCGUCACGGACGACGACGGUAGGUCGCAUUACAAACUAUCGCCGGCUCUAGCUUUCGAUCAAGGAAUGUAUAAAGUGGUGGCGCGCAAUAAAGUCGGGCAAACCAUCGCGAGAACCAGAAUCGUUCUUGGGUUGGUACCGGACGAACCUGACUCCCCGGAAGCCACGGAAGUCUCAGAUACCGAAAUCCUUCUGCACUGGAAACCUCCAAAGAACGACGGAAACUCCACCGUUGUUUGCUACAAGUUGGAGUACAAACUUUCCGACGAAAUGGAGUGGAUAAAGAAAGCCGACAACAUCGAUCACGAGUUCUACUUGAUGAAGGGGUUGGAACCCAGCAGAAGUUACAUCUUCAGGCUGUCCGCUAUGAAUGCUAUUGGUUGGAGUGACGCCGGGGUACCAUCAGCUGCCAUACAAACCAAAAUCGAUGGAUCAUCAAAAAUCAAGCUCAACACCGCAAUGCAGCAUCUGCAACAGAUCACAGACGGUGGAAACCCGGUGGAAGUAGAACGCAACAUGAAACACGUUUACACGGUGGAAACCAACCCGGUGGAAUGGGAAAACGCAAACAUCGAAGGAAAUUACAACGUGAUCUCGGAAAUUUUCCGCGGGCAAUUCUCCACAGUCCUCAAGGCAGUGGAUAAACGCACUGACACCGUGGUCAUAGCGAAACUGUUGGAUGUUUCCGGGGAGAGACUUUCAGAGGUGGACGGCGAAUUCGCGGCUUUAAGAUCCUUGCGCCACGAACGCGUAGCUGGGCUUUUAGCGGCUUACAGAACGAACGACGCAGCUUGUUUCAUACUGGAGAAGCUUCAAGGCGCCGAUAUUUUGACGUACUUGGCCAGCAAACAUGAAUAUACCGAGCAAACUGUAGCUACAAUCGUGACGCAGAUGCUGGAUGGUGUACAGUAUCUGCACUGGAGAGGACUGUGCCAUUUGGACUUGCAACCGGAUAACGUUGUUAUGUGCGGCAUCAGAUCUGUGCAAGUUAAACUGGUUGACUUGGGUUCCGCGCAUCGUGUGACCAAAUUGGGCACCAAAGUGCCCAUCGUGGGGCAUCCAGACUAUAUUUCACCUGAAGUUUUGAGUGAAGAACCGGCUUUUCCGCAAACCGACAUUUGGACUGUCGGUGUCCUAACCUACGUAAUGUUAUCGGGAACUUUACCGUUCAAAGGAGAGGACGAAAAUGAAUCCAGACAAAACACGUUAUUCGUACGUUACAGAUUCGAGAAUCUGUAUCAAGAAGUGUCGCAGGAAGCCACAAGAUUCCUGAUGCUGCUCUUCAAACGACAACCCAACAAACGACCAUCUCCUGAAGAGUGCCACGAAAAUCGCUGGUUGUUGCCCACGGAUUACAUGAUAAAGAAACGUGAAAGAGCAGUAUUUUUAGGACAUAGAAUUAAGGAAUAUUCGGAAGCGUACCACAACGAAAAAGUGGAGGCAGCUCAAAAAUCGACAAGCAAUAUUGGCGGGAAAUUCAGCAGAUCGCACAGCAUACAAGAAGAAUUACUGACUGCGCCAUGA